AUGACGUUAUCAUCUUCUGUGGUGCCAAUACUGAAGAAGCUCGCAACGUCCAUCGCUGUCUACAACUGUACUCAUCUCCAACGGGAAGUGGAAACUCGAAUCCAAGGGUGGAAAUCGAAACUUCUCUCCUUGGCAGUCCGAGCUACCCUUAUCAAACACGUGGUUACCUCCAUUCCGGUGUAUACAAUGUCAACUUUCUUACUUCCUAAAAGUUGGUGCCAAUGGAUACAAAGCAAAGCCAGAGCUUUUCUAUGGACAAACGAUACUUCAAACAUGAGAGGCUUCAAUCCUAUCGCUUGGAGAAAGAUGUGUCAAUCAAAAUUCAAUGGUGGCCUAGGCAUUAAACACCUAUGGAAUUUCAACAAAGCCCUCAUUGCCAAAAUCGGAUGGUGCUUAGCAACAGAUGAUCAAGCUCUCUGGGUGCAAGCCCUCAAGGCAAAAUAUUUCCCCCACUCUUCCAUCAUGAAGUGCAAGAAGAAAACCCAUUGUUCCUGGUCUGGUGUCCUCAAGACCAGAAAUCUUUUAGCCAAGGGCCUCUGCUAUAAGAUAGGACAGGGAAAUUCAGUGAACUUCUGGGAACACCCAUGGGUCCCCAACAUUCCAAAUUUCAUUCCCCAUCCGCGACAACUUCCUAUCAUUUCUUUUGGCAUGGUCAACUCCCUCAAACAAAGUAAUGGUGAUUGGGAUGAUGUCAAAUUGAAUCAUCUGUUCGACCAUGACUCGGCUCAGAAAAUAAAGGAAAUGUUUUUGGCUCAGAGUAACCAGGAAGACAAACUAAUCUGGUAA